AAGAUCUUGACACAUUGGUGGCGGUGAAAGUGACUGACUCGAUUCAGUUGGAGCAAAUCACUGUUAAUAUAUACGGUGCGCUUCUACAGAUAGAAGCAGCGAGGCCCAGCAGUACGAUUUUAAAAGUAGACAGCCGUCGGCUGCAUCCCGCUGCCGCGCUCUUAUAAGGGCGAAACCUAAGGUAUCGCAGAAGUAUCAUCAUUAGCCUGAAGGUAACACUUUUCCCAUGACUGGCGACGGAAGCAAAAGAAGUCAAGUAUCAGCAAAUCCGCCACGAAAAAUAAAUGUGCAGAAAUUCGCAGAAUCCCGGGCUUCCGAGCUCGAGACUCUUUAUUCAAUUGUAUCAAGCAGAUUAAACAACGAUUUCCGUUCUCGAAGAAGCAAGAGGAGAAGAACUAGCGCGUAUGAUAAUAAAGUUGCUAAGAAGAGAUAUAGAAAAAAGAGGAAAUUAGGAGUAGGAGUUGCUGAUAGAAGCAAUGCUGCUGCGGUUUCUGAUGAAACGGUUCCUCCGCGUCAUAUUCGAAGGGGAGUUGAACUUAGAAAGAAUCCUGAAAGUGGUUUUACUACUUCAGGUGAUGGAACGAAGAGACUGAGGACGCAUGUUUGGCAUGCUAAGCGAUUUACUAUGACAAAGCUUUGGGGUUUCCAUCUUCCUCUAGGUUUACAGGGCAGGGGAAGGGGGUCUAGGGCUCUACUGAAAUGGUACAAGCACGGAGCUGUUCUUCAUGAUGCAAGCUAUUAUUCUGCUGUUCAGUUGGAGGCUCCAGAGGAUUCAUUAAUGUCAGUAUUAAAGAUGGUGCUGGAGCCUUCUCCAUCAGCUCAAUCUGAGGAAAUUAUCAAUGCCGUUCUUUCUGGUUCUAUCUAUGGGUCAGCCAUGCUUCAUCAUAUUGGAGCUCCCAUUUCUCAGCUGAUAGCCCCUGUGACCUAUAUGUGGCGACCUUUUGGCGGUGGUGGAUGUAACGAGCCACAAAGUUCUGAAUCUCGUUCUUCUCAUCGCCAGCUUUGGGUGUGGAUUCAUGCUUCAGCUUUUAGCGAGGGAUAUAAUUCUCUAAAAUUUGCUUGUCAGAAACUGAUGAAUGAGAGUGGCAUCUUGAUCAAUUGUUUUUCACUUGAAGGUCAACUUGCCAAAUUAGAGGUGAUGGGAUCAAAGGCAUUUCAACUUCUUCAAAAGAUAUUACAUCCAGAUUCUUGUAACUCAAAGAAUUCUUGGCAGCCUAUGCAAUGUGCUCUUGAAGAGGCAAACUGUGACAACGUUUCUUCUCGUGCAGUUUUGUCUUUUACUGUCAAGGAUCCUCGAGUACCUGAGAAAAGGGUUACUGAUGUUCCCGUCGCAGCUCCUACUGUUGAAAAUUAUGCAUCAGAAUAUGAACAUGGAAAGGAUGUUACUAUAUCUAGAGGUUCGGAAGAGAUUAAGGAGUUAUAUUCACCAUCAUGUUCAAAAGCUGAAGAGGAUAGCAGUUUCUUUGACAAGAGGACUCUGUGGGAUGCCAGCAGCAGAGUAACCCCUCCAGUGGAAGAGAAUGCUCUUUCUUUAGAAAAACAUGAUCUGCGGAUGGAUUAUAUUUUCCUUGAUGCUUCACAAUCAGGAAUACUAAAUUCUUCAACUGAGACUCAGGGUUCAAGACAUUGUCCUAUUAUGCUUCUCAAAAACAAUAAUCAAAUAGGUUCAUUCAUGGGAUGGUCAAUGAUAAUCCCUUUAUCCUGGGUGAGGGUUUUCUGGGUUUCUUUCAUCUCCAAGGGAGCUCAUGCAAUAGGUCAAAGAGAGAAGCGAUGGAUUGCAUGUGAAGUCGGUUUGCCAGUCUUCCCUUCAGAAUUUCCUGACAGUAGAGCAUACUUGUCUUCUAUGGAAACUGCACUUACUGCGCUAGACCAAAAAGCAGAACAACUGCCUCCUGCUAUAAGACCCUUGAAAGUGCCCAUUCCACCACCAUGGAAUAGUAUCCGCACUGCUGUUAACGAGGAGUGCAGGGCAUUGCAAGGUGCUGCAGUUUGUAAUGCAAAGGACAUGAUUGAAUGCAAACUGUUGUCAAACUCCAUGUGCGGGGAUAGGGGCAUAACAUCAUCACUCAGCGUUGAUGGCAACGCAUUUGAUGGAAUUGUAGCAAGGACAUCAGGCGUAUUGGCUGAUUUCUUGAAUGAAAUUAGUGGUGAUCAAUUACUUUUAUUUCCUCAAGUUCCAAAGGGGAAGAUGAGGAUUAUGGAGUUAAUGAUGGAGGAAAGCAAGCAUGACAGCCUUCAAAAUGGGAUUAACCAAAUCACUUAUGAUUGUAAAUUAUGUUUUGUUAGGGUUCUGCUCCAUGCAUGUAAGGAAGGUGUUUUUGAGGAGGGAGCAGUUAUAUGUGCACCUUGUCUUGGUGAUUUAUCAUUGUGGACUUCCAGGUCAGAAAGAAAUGAGGCUGGAUUUCAAAUUCCCCAGUCUUACGGGAGCUCAUACUUCAAAGAGCAAUCUUCUGGUAGGUGGGAGCUCCAGUUACCAGAAAAUGCUAUUGCUAGAGAAUCUUAUCGAUGGCCCAUUGGUUUUGUGACGACAGGAUUUGUUCGAGGAAGCAAGAAGCCAGUGGCGGAGGCCCUUUGUGAAGCUGUUUUGUUAGCUCGUUUAAGGGAGAAGCAGUGGAAUGAGAUCUCUGUGCAGCAAAGGAGGAAGGAAAUAUAUGUCCUCGUCAGGAACUUGAGAUCUUCAACAUAUAGACUUGGUGUGGCAUCCAUAGUCCUGGAACAACAGGAAGAUUUGGAGUUCUUGUGAGAUGCUUCCACUAAUGUGUUUAACGACGUGUAUGAUGGCAAAUACGCAGAGUCGGGGAUGAAGUUUAGCAAAUUUUGAUAAAAAUACGCAAAAAUGGAAUUUACAUGUUCUAAGGUUAGAUCAUGUUUGAGUUGCUGCUACUUUUUGCAUUGCCAAAAAAUAGAGCAGGGCUUGUUAAGGUUAAGAUCAUGUAUUAUGUAUGAAGGUUCAAGAGUUCGUUUUA